AUGUAUUCUGAGUAUGUUGAAAUUGGUGGUUUUGAUGUUAGACUAAGUACACAGUCAAGGUUUGAUAACAAAAUUAUAAAGAACAAACGUGUUAUAUGUAAUCGUGGUGGUAAACAGAAAAAGAAAUCUUGUGACACAUUUGGUACAAGUACUGUUAGGAGGAAACAAAAUUCAAAUUCAAGAGCUAUUGGUUGUGAAGCAAAGAUUAUAUUUAAAUCUAUAUAUGGAACUCCAGAUUAUAAAGUUUAUCAGUUUGAUGAACUUCACAACCAUCCACUUGAGAAGAGAAGCGAUUUAAAAAAAGCGAGACAAAUGUCAUAUUCAAAAAAAGAGUUUAUUGUGCGUGCUUCCACAUCAAAAAUAGGUCCAACUAUGGCUCAUAAGUUGAAGGCAAGUUUGAGAGGUAGGUAUGAGUUUGUAAAGCCAAAAGUAGUUGACUAUCAAAAUUUAAGGAGAGAUAUCAAUAGGGUUAUUGGUUAUAAAGAUGCCCAGAUGAUAGUAAACACAAUGAAUGACCGUCGAGCUCAUUAUCCAAAUUACUCAUUUAAGUUUAAUUGUCAAGAUGAUGUUUUGGACUGUAUGUUUUGGACUGAUGAAAUGGAGAAGGCAUAUUAUGCUGAAUUUGGUGAUGUUAUCUCGUUUGAUGCGACUUUCCAAACAAAAAAGAAUCUAAUGGUUUUUGUUCCGUUUACUGCUAUUGACCAUCACAAAAAAUCGGUUAUUGUUGGAUCUGGGUUGCUAAGCAAUGAAAGCAUUGAGUCUUACUCUUGGUUGCUUAAAGCAUUUCUUAAAACUCAUGGGAAAGAACCAACACUUGUUUUAACCGAUCAAGAUGCUGCAAUAAAACAAGCUGUUGAGAAUGUGUUUCGUAAUUCAAAGCACCGAUUAUAUAAUUUAUUUACUAACAUAGACUUUAGAAAAAGGUUUUCAAAGCUUGUUUGGGACAUUAAUAUGAAACCUAAUGUUUUUGAGGUGAAGUGGGGUUUACUUAUGAUGGAAUUCAAUCUUGAAGACACAAGAUGGUUUAAAUACAUGUUUAUAAUUCGUGAUUCAUGGAUACCUGGAUAUUUUAGUGAUAUUCCAAUGUGUGGUUUGAUGAAGACUACAUUGAGGUCAGAGAGUAUGAAUUCAUUCUUUAAUACAUACUCAGAAAGUAGGAACUUACUUUUGAGUUUCAUGAUGAAUUAUGACACUUCCAUUCAAAAGCAAAGGAAUACUCAACGAGAUCUUGAUAAGGCAUCAAAGAAAGCAUCAUAUAAAAUGCAAACACCUCAAGAAAUAGAACUACAAGCAUCAAAGAUGGUUGGAAAGUUUACAUUGUGCAGCACAACAACAGUAAAAGUGAUUUUAAAAAUGAAUUUAAGACAUGCUUUUACAAUAAUGAUGAGAUAUGGUGUUAAAGAAAUUCCUGAAAGGUAUAUUUUGAAGAGAUGGAGAAAGGAUGUGAUAUCAAGAAAUUAUCAUUUUAGUUAUGUUCAAUCCGAUUCAGGUGAUUGUGAGAAUGUAAAGCUAGUCAAUGAUUCAUAUUAUAGUUUUGAAUUAUGUUUGGAUAUUGUAAGAGAUGACAAAAAGAGAUUGGCUUUGUUUGCUGAGAAGCAACAAAUGUUGUUGAAGGAAUUUGAGAGUGAUUAUAUUUAUCCUGGAUUGAAAAGCAAGACAGAUGGUGAAGUUGUAUGCAAGCUUUUCGGUGUUACUAUUCCUAUUCCAGAAGAGAUUUGA